AGAAUUGGCUCAAGAUGUGCAGGGGUCUCGCGGCGCAUGGGCCAAUUGGGCGGAAUGGGCCACAGAAUGGCAAGCCUGGGCUGGACAAGUUGUAUGCGCUCAGGGACCCCACUCUUGAUGAGGUGCUCGACAUCCUUGAGCCGGGCUUCGCUGGGUGGAGGGAGCAGCCCAAAAAGGCCACGGUGGUUCUAAGCGCUCUGGCGAAGAGGGCGCAGCCGAAGCUGGCGAUGCAAGUGCUGGAAGCUAUGCAUGCGAGGGCAGUCCAGGUCAACUCCAUCCACAUUAGCGUCGCAGUCAACGCAGCGGCGCGGGCGGCCGAGUGGCCGCGGGCCAUGCGCCUUCUUCAGCGCCCCGAGCUGCUGGCAGAGCCCACCGUCUUUGCCUGGAAUGCAGCAAUGACUGCCUGCGAAGCAGGCAAAGAGUGGCAGCGAGCUUUGCUUUUGCUGCAGUCCAUGCCUUCCGCCCGGGUCAUGCCCGACAAGAUCAGCUUCAACGCGGCGAUCAGUGCAUGCAAAAGAGGCAGCAACUGGCAGUUAGCUGCCGCCUUCUUGAGGACGAUGUCCGAGUUCGCGGCACAGCCCGACGUGGUGAGCUUCGGCACCGCCAUCAGCGCCUGCGAGAAGUGCGCGCAGUGGCAGCAAGCCGCGGAGCUCGCGGGCUCCAUGGUGGCUGCUGAUGUUCCACUGGACUUGGUUUGCUACAAUGCCUUGAUGAGCGCAUGCAAGAACGGCAGCCAAUGGGAAUGUGCCUUAGACCUACUAUUUAAGAUGCCGGACGGCCAGCUCUUUCCUGACGUGUUCUCCUUCAAUGCCGCCAUCAGUGCCUGCGACACGGGCAAUCAGUGGCAGCUGGCCAGAAGCAUCAUGAGCAGCAUGCCCGGCAACGGCGUGGUGGCUGACACCAUGACGUACAACUCCAUGAUCAGCGCCUACGUCUCCGGUGUCCAGUGGGAACCCGCGCUAGCAACCCUAUCAGAGCUUAGAGAAACUUCUCGGCCAGAUACUGUCAGCUUCAGUGCUGCAAUCACUGCCUGUGAGAAGGGCUGCCAGUGGGAAACCGCCUUGGAGCUGUUUCGCUGCAUGCCCGAGGCAGCUGCGCACCCAAACAUCAUCAGCUUCAAUGCUGCCAUCAGUGCUUGCGAGAAGGGCUGGCAGUGGCAGCGUGCCUUGCACCUCUUCAACAGGAUGCCAGCGCAACACAUCACACCAGAUUUGAUCAGCUACAACGCCAUGGUCAGUGCCUGCGAAAAAGGUGGCCAAUGGCCGCUAGCCCUGCACUUGCUGUCCGGCAUGGGCCUGCGGCGGUUGCUUCCAGAUGAUAUCAGCUUCAACUCAGCCAUGGUGGCGUGCGAAAAGGCUGGCGCGUGGCAGGUAGCUGGUGCGAUCCUGGAGCUGAUGUUGGACAGCAGCGUGCUGCCAGAUGCUGUGUUUGCAGGAUCUGCAACGAGUGCGUUGAGACUUGCCAAGGGACACGACGCAGCGCUGGAGUUUCUCCGCUCCAUGCGGCGGUUCUGGCAGCGCUCGCAUGCGGUAGCACCGCAGAGCAGCAAGGUUCUCAGGUCAGCACCAGGCGUGCUUGCCGUUUUCAAGCCCGCUGGCGUCACAACCGAAGAGCUGGUAGAUGAGCUACGGUCACAGACGGACAACUUGCACUUGGUGUCGAGGCUGGACCAUCCUACCUCCGGAGUGCUUCCCUUGGCUGUGGGAAGUGAAGGGUCCCUGGAGGCCAAGUGGUUGCGCAGUCAGUUCGCUGGGCGCCUGGUGCAGAAAGAGUACCUCUGCCUUUGCGAGGGCCCGGCGCUGGGAUCCGUGGGCUUCGAGGCUCAGAUUGACGCGCCACUUCUGACUGUCGAGGUGGACGGUGCUGCCAGCCGCACAGAGGUCUCGGACGAAUUCGGGCGGGAGGCCAUGACAGAGUACCGGGUGCAAGCCCGGUACCGACCGGAGGCUGAGAGCGGCGAGAUCAUGCUGCUCAUGGUGAAGCCACGCACUGGCAGGACGCACCAGAUCCGAGUUCACAUGGCGAGUGUUGGCCGGCCCCUGGUGGGUGACUUGACCUAUGGAAGGAAGCAUGACACGUUGGUGCCUUUCUGCCCACGGCUCUUCUUGCAUUGUCGGCAAGUUCAGCUGCUUGAUGCGGAGGAUUCGGUGUUCCAAGCAACUGCCAAUUUGCCAGAUGACCUCUCCCUUGUGCUUGAGCGCUUGGCGCCAUCCUACAUAGAAAAGCAGGAGCCUUGA